ACGUGUGCCACUACUCUGUAGGUGUCAGCAGCGAGUCCGUUAGAAAGCAAACGCACUCUUAAUGCGGUAAAAGAAGACUCUCCAGCGGUCGCACGCCGAUGACGCACAUUCUGUAAAAAUGGAGAGAAAACACAUGUCCGCCUUUUCGCUGUAUCAAACGUUGUCAACAGACGAGCCUCCUCCAGCAACGACGCCUUCUCGGCAGGUGGCAGAUAAGAAGAAAAGGAAAAAGGAGAAUGGGGCCAAUAAGGUCCACACAAUAAAAGCUCAGUUAAAGCCUGAAAGGAAGAAAAAGCGAAAGAAGCCUCUUAUGUCUCCACAAAGAGAGGAGAUCCUUAAGGGCUUUACAAAAGACGAGGAGUGUGCAAAUGGAGAUGGCGAGGCUCUGGAUGCUCUGCUGGCCGACCUGGCAAAAGUCAACAACAGCAGGGAGAGAGCGAGCAAGCUGUUCCAGUGGCUCGUCAACCCCAUUCCUGCAAAGUCCUUCUUCAGUGAAACAUGGGAAAAGAAGCCCAUUCUUGUUCAACGUAAGAAUUCCGAUUAUUACAAAGGACUAUUCUCCACAGCAGAGUUUGAUCGCAUGUUAAGAAAGGAGGAUGUUCAGUAUGGAGUUAACCUGGACGUCACAAGCUACACUAAAGGCAAAAGGAAGACGCACAAUCCUGCUGGGAGAGCUCUGCCGUUCACUGUGUGGGACUUCUAUGAGAACGGCUGCUCCCUCCGUUUGCUGAACCCUCAGGCGUUCUCCUCCACUGUGUGGAACGUGCUGUCCAUUCUCCAAGAGUACUUUGGCAGCAUGGCAGGAGCCAACGUAUACCUGACACCACCUGGAACGCAGGGCUUUGCUCCCCAUUAUGACGACAUCGAGGCGUUUGUGGUUCAGCUGGAGGGGAAGAAACAUUGGAGGGUGUACAACCCACGGUCAGAGGACGAGGUCUUGCCCGUGCUGUCAAGUGCAAACUUCAAUCAGAAAGACAUCGGGAAGCCCAUUCUGGAAGUGGUCCUGGAACCCGGAGAUCUCCUUUAUUUUCCCCGGGGCUUCAUCCACCAGGGCGACUGCUUGCCAGAUGCUCACUCCCUCCACAUCACCAUCUCCUCCUACCAGAAGAACAGCUGGGGGGAUCUGCUACAGAAGGUGGUUCCAGUAGCAUUGGAAAUAGCAAUGGAGGAGGAUGUGGACUUUAGACGGGGCUUGCCCCUCGAUUACCUGACGUACAUGGGAGUACAGAACUCAGACAAGGCUGACCCACGCAGGACACAAUUCUUUUCACAAAUUGAGAGACUGAUGAAGAAGCUGGCGACUUACUCCCCUGUGGACGCAGCCGUGGAUCAGAAAGCCAGAGACUUCUUCCAUGACUGCCUCCCUCCAAUGCUCACACCAGAGGAAUCGUCCAGCAGUGUUCAAGGAGCAUCUGCUAGGUGGGAGCGUGGGCAAGUCCUGGAUGUGGGUUCACAAAUCACCACUCAGACCAGAGUGAGAGUUCUCCGUGCUGGAUGUGCCAGGUUAUGCAGUGAUGGAGAGGCUGUUAAUCUUUACUACACAACAGAAAACUCCAGAGUUUACCACAAAGAGGAGCUCAAGAGUUUCGAAGUAAAAGCAGAGCACACUGAUGCCAUUGAGUUUCUGAUCCAUUCAUAUCCUGAUUUUUUGACUGUGGGAAGUUUCCCAUGUGAUUCUACAAAGGACAAGGUAUGUGGUUUUAAAUGCACAUGGUCCGUGUGGAGAUGUGAUGCUACACACUUAGUCUGCAUGCAUGUCAGUGUACCGCUGGGUUUUUAAGUGGUCUUGUAUUUAAUAAUUACUUUUGGUAACCCUUUCUUGGAUUGUACAUUGAAUGAUUAAAUGUCCCAUCUUAGAUCUAGAUUCUAAAUUAUUAAUAUUUGAGCCUCUUUCUCUGAAAUCAGUUCUUUUGAGUUGUUCCUCAUGUUUCUAUUUUAUUCCCAGAUCGCUUUGGCUGAGUUGCUCUUUGAGAGGGGGAUUAUCCACACUGCAGAACCUCUGUAGUGGCCACAGAUCCUUUAGCAUUGGUUACUGCAUGAAUAGAUGCCUCCAGACAACAUGACUCAAAACCACUUCAUCAGUUUUACUGUUGUAGUUACACAUAACAACCCAAGUAUUAAUGUGCUCUGUUCAAAUAAACCAGUUUUUAAAAAA